CGGGGCUGCAGCCAGAGCCGGAGCCUCAGUCGGUGUCGGGAGCCGGAGCCGCUGGGGCCAUGGGCUGGCGGGCGGGGGCCGCCGCUCUGCGCACCCAGCCUGCCGCGCGCUAGCGAGCCGCCGGGAAGAUGGCGGAGAGGCUGGAAUGGGUGGAAAUCAUAGAGCCUCGAACGCGGGAGCGCAUGUACGCCAACCUCAUCACAGGGGAGUGCGUGUGGGAUCCGCCCGCUGGCGUCCGCAUAAAGCGCACCAACGAGAACCAGUGGUGGGAACUGUUUGACCCGAACACCUCACGGUUCUACUACUACAAUGCCACCACCCAGCGGACCGUAUGGCACCGGCCGCAGAACUGUGACAUUAUCCCGCUGGCCAAGCUGCAGACCCUGAAACAGAACACCGAGUCACCGAGGGCCUCCACAGAGAACAGCCCUGGGCGGAGCAGCAAUGUCAGCAGGGAGGGCAGCACCAGCUCCUCCCUGGAGCAGGAGCUGGAGGGCAGCGAGAAGGUGCAGGAUCAGACGAGGUCAAACCGUCAGUCAGCCCAGUUCGCUGUAGUGAAAGAAGAACCAGAAAGUUCUUCACCUCCCGGAGUGUUUGAGAAAGAAUAUGAAAUAUACCGGGAUUACAAUACAGAAGGUCAACUUCUCCACUACAGGACGUCCUCCCUGCGAUGGAACACCGGCACCAAGGAACGCAUGCUGAUUAAGGUGACGGACCGCGAGCCGAGCUUCCUCAUGCACCAGGGCAAUGGCUACACCACCGACAACCAGCAGGGGACCCGCUCACGGAGGCCGUCAGGGGGCCAGCAGUCCCCCAACCUGCAGACGUUUGCCCCUGACACUGACAACUCCGUCUUCUUCCCUGAGAGGAAGCAGUCUCCCUUCUUGAAAAGGGCUGACCACGUGGGCAGCUGCUCCCCGCUGCUCGGUCGGGGGGAUUCGUUCUGCUCCCCGCUCCAGUCCCAGCACCGGAAGCACUCGAGUGAGUCGCAGCCAUCUUCUCCUCGCUACGCCUAUGAGCCCCCCUUGUACGAGGAGCCCCCCAUGGAGUACCAGGCCCCCAUCUAUGACGAGCCCCCGGUGGACAUGCAGUAUGAAGCCAGCGGCAACUACAAGGCGGGCUCCCCGCAGAAAUCACCCAUCCGCAAACCCCACCCAUUCUUGCAGUCGCCCAAGCAGGGCCCCAACUCCCCCUACCAGCAGCUGGUGCUGACCAAACAGAAAUGCCCUGAGAGGUUCAUGAGCCUGGAGUACAGCCCUGCAGGCAAGGAGUAUGUAAGGCAGCUGGUUUACGUGGAGCAGUCCGGUUCCAGCCCCAAGCUGAAAACGGGCCUGCGACACAAAUACUCCCCUAACCCCAUAGGCGGCUCGUACUCGCUGCAGCACAGCCCCUGCCUGGUGAGGGACCAGCGCCUGGAGAUCAGGUCUGGGGACUACAGCAGCAUGGAAGGGGCUGACUUCCGACACAGCCAGCCCGUGAGCCAGGCCUCCCAGGGGGAAGACUCCAUGUCAUGGUCCAGUCAGCAGGACACCAUGUCUUCUACAGGGUACUCACCUAGCACCAGGAAAAGGAAAAGCAGGAAGCCCUCCCUGUCCCACGACCUCAACACCUCCUCCACGGAUGGCUCGGGGGAUCGGGAGGCGCUCAACGAGCAGCUGAUGGCAGAGGAGAGGCCCAUGCCCGGCACUUACAGGCCCCAGAUGAACCGCACAGAGAGCAAAUCCAUCGAGGCCGAGGCAGUGCGGGGCUUCCCGGAGCCCUUCCUGGCCCAGGCCCGGCUGGCCUGGGAGGCGCAGCAGGCUCACUACCACAUGAAGCAGCGGAGCAGCUGGGAUUCCCAGAAGGACGGCUCAGGCUAUGAGAGCGAUGGCGCCUUGCCUUUACCUAUGCCCGGCCCCGUGGUGCGGGCCUUCAGCGAGGAUGAGGCCCUGGCACAGCAGGAGAGCAAGCACUGGAAGAGGAAUACCUUUGAGAAGCUGGGCUUCCCUCAGAUCCUGCUGGAGAAGAGUGUGUCUGUGCAGACCAACCUGGCUUCUCCAGAGCCCUACCUGCAUCCAUCUCAGUCUGAGGAUCUUGGUGCCUGUGCCCAGUUUGAGAGCAGCAGACAGAACAGAAAUAUGAUGCCUAGUGCCAGCUGUGUCUUCCCUACCUUCACCCUACGAAAGCCCUCCUCGGAGACGGACAUUGAGAACUGGGCCUCCAAGCACUUCAACAAGCACACCCAAGGGCUCUUCCGGAGGAAGGUCUCCAUUGCCAACAUGCUGGCCUGGAGCAGCGAGUCCAUCAAGAAACCCAUGAUCAUGACCACCGACCGCAACGUCAAGAAGGAAGCCUGUGAGAUAUUUAAACUGAUUCAGAUGUACAUGGGGGACCGGCGGGCCAAGGCGGAUCAACUCAACGUGGCUUUGGAGAUCGCCACCAAAGGCUGGAGCAUGCAGGGUCUGAGGGACGAGCUGUACAUCCAGCUGUGCCGGCAGACCACUGAGAACUUCCGUUAUGAGAGUCUGGCACGGGGCUGGGAGCUAAUGGCUAUUUGCCUGGCCUUCUUCCCGCCCACUCCCAAAUUCCAUUCCUACCUAGAAGGAUAUAUUUACCGGCACAUGGAUCCGGUGAAUGACACCAAAGUGACUCAGCACAUUAAAGAGCUCCUGGAAAGGAACAGUAAGAAGAAAUCCAAAUUGAGAAAGAAACCCAAGCCCUAUAUCGAAGAGCAUGAUGGGGUGGCAAUAAGCACUUACGCCAAGUACUGUUACAACAAGCUCCAGAAAGCAGCCUUGACAGGAGCAAAGAAGGGCCUGAAGAAGCCGAAUAUUGAGGAGAUCCGGCAUGCAAAGAACGCAGUGUUCAGCCCCUCCAUGUUUGGGAGCUCCCUGCAGGAGAUCAUGAACAUGCAGAAGGAGAGGUACCCGGAUCGGCAGCUCCCUUGGGUGCAAACCAGACUGUCUGAGGAAGUGCUGGCGCUUAAUGGAGACCAGACCGAGGGCAUCUUCAGAGUGCCUGGAGAUAUCGAUGAGGUCAACGCCCUCAAGCUGCAGGUCGAUCAGUGGAAAAUCCCCACCGGCUUGGAAGACCCUCAUGUUCCUGCGUCGUUGCUGAAGCUCUGGUACCGGGAGCUCGAGGAGCCGCUGAUUCCCCACGAGUUCUACGAACAGUGCAUCACCCACUACGAGAACCCAGAGGCAGCCAUCGCAGUCAUCCACUCCCUGCCCAGGAUCAACAAAAUGGUGCUCUGCUACCUCAUCCGCUUCCUACAGGUGUUCGUGCAGCCGGCUAACGUGGCGGUCACCAAGAUGGACGUCAGUAACCUGGCCAUGGUGAUGGCCCCCAACUGCCUGCGCUGCCAGUCCGACGACCCGCGGAUCAUCUUCGAGAACACCAGGAAGGAAAUGUCCUUCAUCCGGGUGCUGAUCCAGCACCUGGACACCAGCUUCAUGGAGGGGGUCCUAUAGCAGCGAGCAGGGGCAGGAGCCAAAACCAAUGCUGACGACGACCACAACCCACCCAAGCCCCCUUGAAGCCCAGGUCAAUCAGCCAGACACCACAAAGGGAAGGCACUGGGCAGCCCUGGGCAGGGCCUCUCGUCCCCGUCACACCAUGUCCCCAGCGCCAUUGCAACCCGGCCCAGUCCCGCCUCCCUCGCCCUAGCAUCUCUCCUCACCCAUUGCCCUCUAGUGUCAGACAGGAAGUGGCGGCGGGAUCCCGCCAGUGCUACUGGCCAAACGACAGCCGCCCGCCCCGAACCAGACCUCUGGAGCUGUCGCUGCCCAUGCCCCCAGCCAAGCCGCCGGGGGGCAGCCUGCAGGGUUAGCCUGGCCUGGCGGCCACCUGCAGGUGAGGCUCGGGAGUCCUGCCCGGUGUCCUGGGCCUGCAGCCGCUAUGGGGAUGUGGGAUGCCAGGCCUUGCCACCGCGCACUAACGGGUGCUGCGUCUGGCAGACAGGCGCCAGGAGAGCCACUCCCAGCACGGGCUGCAGCUGCCACGUGCUUCCUAGGGGAGGUGGGCGUUUAAGAUGGCAGCGUGGCUGGAGGGGGAGAUCAGAAUAAGCCAGCGAGCAUCACCAAGGCCCCCCAGUGCUCCUGUCCUGGGGCCAGCGCUGGCGGGGAGGGCGGGUAGGACAGUCUCCAGGCAGGGAGGGUAUUUGCAGCAGUGCCACCCAGCCUGGGAACAUUCAUGUGGAAUAGGGUAUGGAUCUGUCUGGUAGGAAGGGGUCUGAGUCCCAUGCAGGGCCCAUCAGCCCAGCCCUCCAGUGAGAGGAGGGGCCCCUUUAUGGCAGGAGGAGGGGGCCAAAACCAACUCCAAGUUCUCAGGGCAAACUCGUGGUGAGGCGUCUCCGUGACCCAGAGCCGUCUGCAGCCGGUGAUGUCACUUCCCCUUCCUUUCCUCCUCUUCAUCAGCUGCUUGCGUCUCAAACCCUGAGACCGACCAGCCCUUUCUAGACAGGAUCUCUGCGCCGUGAACGUCACCCUGCACGGGGAGGCUCAGGGCAGGGCAGAGAGCUACGACUGCAGCUGUUUGAUUCACGCUCCCCUGUGCUGCCUGGGCUCCCGUUCCAGAGCAGGACGGCCAGGAGGGGC